AUGCAGUUCACGUCUUCCCAGUUGAUUGCAAGUGAGAUCUUUCCUGUUUCUGUUGUGAAGGCACUUCUCUACCCUGGGGCCAUUGCAAGUGGCCUCAUUCAUAACAUGACUGUUCCAAGCUGGGGUAAUCUUUUAAAUAUCUAUAAUUUGACUGAAGUGAAGGAGGCCCCUGCAGUAACUGAUCUACAGCGUUUGGAGGUUCUUGCAGGAAGCUACUUCUCUGUGGCAGGAGCAAUAAUUGGAAUUCUAAAACCUGGGAGGAUGAGCAUGUUUGGGACACUACUGAUUAUUUGGGGCCUUGUCAAGGAAGGGAUCCUUGGAAAGCCAGUGAAUACUGACACUUCCAAAUCUGUUUUCGUCUACCCAACAAUGCUGAUUGCCCUGGUGUGUGCCUUAACUUCUGUAAAGUACGACGUGAAGAAGGUUAUGAGAAGUGCUCCAGCCAGACCCAUUGCAAAACCUCUGCAGAGCUCUUCAAAAUCUAAGCUGAAAUGA